CUUAUUUUAGGAUGGAUGUAGAUAAAAUCAUAACUCGACCUCAAGUUUUUUUGGAAAUAGCAAUAAGCGAUAUAAUAAUCGGAAAGAUUAUAAUUGAAUUAUUUGAUGACGUUUGCCCUAAGAUAUGUGAACACUUUUUGGCCUUAUGUUCAGGCUUUUCCAGGCUUGAGCCAGAAAAUUCUCCUGAAACACUAAAUACUGAAAAUUCCUACAUCUUUUAUAAGGGAUCCAAAAUAAAUACAAUUUAUCCUGACAAAUAUAUCCACAUAGGGGCAUUAAACCCUCAAACUAAUUUAAAAGAUCACUACAAUAUCGCAGAUGCUUCCAAACUAUUUCCUAACUUGCUCAAUAAAAUUGGCCUCCUGUGCAUUAUUGACGAAAGAGAGAAAAAUGGAAAUUAUUUUUAUAUAAUCACAACUUGUCCUUUAUCCCUAUUAAAUGGUUGCCAAUAUUUUAUAUUUGGUCAUAUAUAUAAAGGUAUGGGAGUUGUGAAACAAAUCCAGGAGCUUGAAACUCUUCUUAAUGGUUCUCCUUUAAAGGAAUGCAAGAUAAACGAUUGUGGAAUCCACGAUGUCACGUGUUCAGAUAAUAGCAAUACCAUAGGAGACCACGGAAUCAGGGACAUGUAUGCCGAAUGGCCGGAGGAUGAAUUGAAUAAUAGCAAUCUACUUCUUUUCACCAAUGUUCAAGGCAUUUUAAGCGUCGUGACUCACAUAAAAUACUUUGGCAAAAUUUUGUUCAAGAAGCAAAACUACGAUUCCGCGCUGCAGAAAUACGCCAAAGCUUUAAGAUAUCUGAACGCGUUUCUGGAAUAUUCCAGUAGCAAAGCCAUCAUCAGCCACGAACAGAAUGACGCCAUCAUGAAGUUGAUAUCCACUUGUAUUCUCAAUAGUUCUGCCUGCAAAAUCAAAAUGAGUCGAUUCGAGGAAGCCAUCCACGAUUGCGAUGAGGCAUUAGAUCUGGAUCCCAGAAAUCCUAGGAUUUACCUUAGAAAAGCUCAGUCUUACCACGGGCUAUCACUAUAUCCUCAAGCCGUGAUGGAACUGCAGAAAGGGUUGACCCUAAAGCCCCACGAUAAAGCUAUGAUGGCAGAAAUGAUCGCCAUAAAAGGUGAGAUGAGCGUUUACAAAAUUCAAUCCUAAACUCUCUUUCGACAACGACACAAAAUAUUCUAGUCGAACAUUUUCCUAAUCCAAAUACAACUUAUUUUAUCAUAAUAUAUUUUUUUAUAUAAAAAUUAAAUAAUAAAAAAAAUACUAUAAAGUAAUCAUUGUCUAAUUUAUUUAUCUCCCUAAAAUUAUAUCGUAAAUUUACUCUAGUUAUUUAUGAUUACGACAAUUAAAUAUUGUAUUAUAAUUAUAUUUACGAUAAGAAAAAUAUGUUUACAUAGUCAAUUU